AGUCCGAAAAACGAAAUGAUUUAACGAACCUUAUUUCGUUUUCGGACUGACGAACCUUCGGAACAACGAACUUUAGUUUGUUUUCGGAUUAACGAAUCUUUGGAACAUCGAACCUUCGGAAUAACGCCACAAAUGUUCGGAUUAACGAACCCUUUUACGUUUUCGGAUUAACGAACAUCGAGGAAUAGGCAAUUUGCGUGUUUCGGAAUUACGAACGUUCGGAAUAAAAAAGAACCUUCGGAAUUACGAAGUGUAACCUUAGGAAUAUAGCCCUUCGUCUCAAGGUAAUGCAUCUCACUAGCAAUCUUGAUAAAAGAGCAAAAAUUGGAGAACAAUUUUCAACUAGUGGAACGCCUCUGACAUUCUUGCUUGCAUUACAAAAUGCGCUUUGAAACACCAGUAUAAAGCACCCUACAAAUGUUAUUAUUAUUAUUACAUCAAUGAAAUAGCAGCAGUGAUGACUUUGAAAAUAAGUAGAAUGAAUAAUUUUUCACAAAGAUACCCUUUUGUUGGGGGUAUGUAUGUGAUAGGGCUAAGUGCAUAAGGAAAAAGGAAUAAAUAGGAGCAGUUUGAUCUCAAUCUUAUUCAUAUCACUUUCUGUCUUCACGGUGUUCUCCAAGGAAACAAACGGUAACAAGAUGUCUUUCUGCAAGUCACUCUCAGCCAUUCUUCUUCUAUCUGUGGCUUAUGUUCCAGCCAACUGUGACCCUCAUGCCCUGGGCAUUCAGAGUAGAUCCAUACCAGAUACCAGCCUCACCGCUUCCAGUGAAUGGGACGCUCUCCGAGGCCCAGAGAGGGCUCGUUUACACAGCCAGGCUGAUGGACCGUUUCGUGGGUCUUGGGUUGCUCGAGUAGGCGAUGACAAACAGUGGAUCCAGGUGGAUCUAUUAGACAUAUACCAUAUCACCUCGGUGGCAACACAAGGGCGCACAGAUUAUGCGCAGUGGGUUACAAGCUACAAGGUAGCAUGCAGCACCGAUGGCAUAGUCUUUAAUACCGUACGUGUCAACUAUUCAGGGUACUGCACUUCUGAAAAGAUCUUCACUGGAAAUUCUAAUCAGAACAGUGUAGUGAAGAACGAUCUGCCGGAACCGCAGUAUUGCCGUUAUGUGCGUCUGAUGCCACUCACUUUUCGUGGCCGUGUUAGUCUCCGCUUUGAAGUAUACGGUGAAGGCCCCAUUGCAUCCAAGUGUUAAUUGCCAACAUCGGAGACCAAACAAAAUUGAUCGAUUGAUGGAAUCAGUGAACGGAACAGCAAGAUGGAGGGUUUUAUUCAAUUUUCUUCACUUUAUAUAGUCUUUAAUUUUUUCAUCAUUAUGUAUACAUGUAGGCCUAUACAACAAUAUUUAAUGAAUUUCCUUUGGUUAGAAAGUGUUUUCAAUACACAAGUUAUCUAAACCUUGUUUAUUACAAAAAUGUAUGUACAUCAAUAAGCUAGGUUUUAGGGGAUCUAAUAUUGUUCUUUGAAAGAAGUCCUCAAUGAUGAGUCUGUUCUAUUUUUUAACCUGCAUUGUUAUUUAAUAGUACAUUACUAUACUGUACUUUACUAUAAUCUCCGGAAAAUUUCUACUUGAUAAAUUAAUACCACGUCUGCAAUAACAGUUUCAAGCUACCAAAAUCACUCACUUUUCCAUCAAAAUGUGUAUUUUCUCAAUUCACUCUAUUUAUCCUUAUGUUUUUUUUUUUUUUUUUUUUUUUUUGUUCUUGAUCGUUCUCACGCAGCACAAAUACAUGAAGGACCAUACUACAUGAUUACUUCGGACGUAGGAAUUAUCAUUCAAAUCAUUCUAUCAAAUAGGUUUCAAUAGUUUGUUUACGAGUAUUCCUACUAUACCUGUUUUGCCUAGGCCUUUAUAUUUCUUUCUCUUUGGGAUGAGAUUUUGUACUUUCAUAUUCCUGUCAUAUACAUGUAGGUUUUUAAAAAUACUUAGUAAUGACUGAUAUAAACUCUGGAGAUGUCAUAUUGAAACUCUGUAUAUCAGACUCAGUAACACUUUUGGAAAAGCUAUUUACAAAAGAAGCGCAGUAGGUCUUUCAUCUCUGGAAUUUCAUUUUUUUUUACUUCGUAUUCAUAACAUUUUAUUUCUAACACAAAAAAACAAUAACAUAGUAGCAAAAUGAGUUCUAAAUAUCGUGACUUGUGAUGUAUUUUUCUAUGCGCAUUUACAUGUAUGGACACGACCAGCAGUUAUAACAUUGUAGUCUGUGUUGAGCUAUCAAACAUUUUAUUAGCCGUGGGGUUAUCCUGGAGUAUCUGAUAAAUACCUUUUUUUCUUUGAAUGCUAUAAAUUGUGUUCAAUUUAUUUAUUUUCUUUUAAAAUGUGCCUUGAUAAAUGGUGUAGGAGUGAGAGUAUUAAGAUAUUCCCACUGUGUAUGAUAGAUUUUUGCAAAAAACAUAAAGUGUUUAUGAUCGAAUUCAAGUAUGUGGACCAUGUCCUUAUGCAGAAUAUUUUUCCUGGGGGCGAAAGAUAUGAAAAAAAAAACUUUUGAAUAAAGCGAAGGGGGGCUUUUUCAUUUUCAAAAGUGAAAUUAAAGGAUUUUGUGCACACUUUAUGGUGAACUGUUAAGUCCCAGUUUUUGCCUCUGUAGGACAUGUUAUUAAAAUGUUCUGUAGAAAUUGUAACUGAGAAUCAUUAUUUGGUGCUCACAAAAAAAAUUCUAACAAUGUACAAGUGACCUGGAGCCCAUUUCAUAAAGGACUUACAACUGUUGUAACUUUGCCAUACCAUGGUAACAGCAGCCAAUAAGAAUCAAGGUUUCCAUGGUUGUAAGUCCUUUUAUAAAACGGGCCCCAGAACCCCCAUCCCAAUCGUAAUCCAUGCACAUGUACUAUAAAUUAUUGUCCCCGGAAGAAAAAUGAAAUGACUUUUAUGACUUUUAAGUAACAGAUAUCUUAAACGUGUUUGUACAAAUUGGAGUGCUGACUUCGAAAACAAAUAAGAUGAAUAAUUGUUCAAAAGAAAGAAAACUAUAAUUUAUAUGAAACACUAAAUUCAUUGACCCUAAAUGAACUUUGACCUUAUUAUAUGACCUGAUACACAAUCAAGAUGAUAAGUGAUAAUUUAUUACCAUUAUGUCCAAAUUUCAUGAACUAGGUCUAUACACUUGAUAAGUUAUAAUAGCAUUUCAAAAACCUUAAUUGGUUAAGAUUUCAAUCUGAAUACCCAAAACAUGGUCAAAGCUCAUUGACCCUACAUGACCUUUGACCUUCAUCAUGUGACCUUAUGUCCAAGUUUCAAAUUAUGACAUUUCAAAAACUUAACUUUGGCUGAGAUGUUUUUUACAAAGCCUCUGUCAGAGAGCGGUGCCUUUAGUUUCGCUCUGCUAUGCAGGCGAGACAAAAAUGAUUGAAUUCUGAUGGAUAUUUCACCAAUCUCCUCCAAUAUCAUUAUUUUUUUCUACUUUUAUCAAAAACUAGGGCGGUAUCAGCGGCGUAACAGGGGUCGGUGGCCAGGGGGGGCAAAAGCCAAAAAUUUCCCGGUCAUAUCAUGGUAUGAACAGGCGUAAUGGUGUAAUGAGGCGACUAUUUCGAGAAGGCCAGAAUAUAUCUUUAAAAAAAGUUGCGAGCGAGCAAAAGUUUUCGCCUUUUUAAUACAAAAAUCAAAUUUUGUGAUAGAUUUUGACAUGAUAUCCAGAUAAUAAUAUAUUUCAUUCUUCUCUCUUUAGAUUCCUUUUUUGUCACGGUGGUCUGUACGCCACUGUGAUCAGGAUUCUUUGCGGCAGUAGCGUGAAGAGUAAAAAACAAAACAAAACAAAAAAACAACGAGGGGCGCAGUAUAGCACAUGUGCUAAAAAGCUGCUUUAUAUAUAAGUCCCGAGCGAGCGAAGCGAGCGAGAAAAAAAUCAACUUUUCAUGUGAAUCUAACUUUGAGCUAUUGUUUGACAUUAUUUUCAGUAAUUAAAAUCAUAUCCUUCAA